AUGAGCACGCAGCUCGAGGCGUGGUGCGGCCACCUCUGCCGCAUCAAGGCGAACACGGGCGCCAUCGUGCGCGCGACGCACGAGCUCGACAGCCCCGUCGUCGGGGAGCUCAAGUGCGGCGUCAACGUGCGCGUCUGGGAGAGCGGCUUCAGCAAGGGCAAGGACGGCAAGACGUGGACGGGCCGCUGCAAGGUCAUGCACCCCCACGAGGGCUGGAUCUCGGCGAAGACGCUCCACCUCCUGCCGCAGGGCAUCAACGGCCGGCCCGUGCCGCGCGCCAACGACCUCGACGCCAACUUCGAGAUGAUCCCCGUCAAGGUCGAGAAGCAGGAGGGCCCGCCCAAGACCUUCGUGCCCGCGUCCAUCAAGGUCGUCAUCCUCCGUUUGCCGGAGGACGAGAAGAACGGCCCGACGAAGUUCAACGCGGGCCUCGCGCACGGCCAGUCGACGCUCACGACGGAGAGGGAAGCGAGGACGAACAACGAGCUCUACGGCUGGGUCAAGGACAAGCACGGCGCCACCAUGCCCCAGCCCGAGGCGCGCCUCUCCUUCCACGGCUUCGCGUCGCGCGCGCUGCCCCCGGGCUCCCUCGAGAAGCAGCUCGCCUCCUAG